AUGUCAAUCAAAUUAGAAAUCGUCCCUCUUUCCAGUCGACUAGAGAUGCAUGGUAGCGUCCAAACAUCAUCCUCUUACUCGCUCUCUGGUCAUUUAUUACUAUCCAUACCACCGUUCGCAUCCACCCCCAUUAAUGCUGAUCCUGCACGCCCGCCAUCCUUGCGCUUGACAUCUCUGAACAUCACGUUCGAGGGGAAAUGCGAGUCGGUCUCCCCUCAGCUUGGCUAUGCCGGUACCCGGCUUUGUCGUGUCUCCAAGAACCUCAUAGGGGAAGGUGGCAGGGAACCUAUAACGCUGAACUGCGUCAGUGGAAAUGCCCUCGAACAACCCUGGCAAUGGAUCAUCCUUUUCGACCUCGCUAUUCCUGGCUGGUUACCUGCAUCCGUGGACAUCUCAGAGUUCACCGAGACAGGUUAUAGUCUUCAUGCUACCGCGGUUCUGGAAACCCCCAGUCCUUCAUCUCUUUUUGCUUCGAAAUCGAACGGUGCUGCAAACUCUUCAGGUGCCCUGGCCUGCAGCACAACGAAAAGGACUUCUGCGUGGAGUUUUCCUUCCUUCCUCUGCUCCCCGUUCAAACUGGCUCCCAAACCAAAGACUGUUGAGGCCGAACUCGUUCCCAUCACUGUCGUUCGAGUUCGUUCUCCUCCACGGUCACUUCCCGACGGAGCAUGGGAGCUCUUGCAUGACACACCUUCUCUGUUCCCUGCCUCUCUCGAUCUGGCGACGCCAACCGUCGGCGCCUCAUCUCUCAAUCCUACAGAAUCCGUUGGUGGGAUUCCAAUCACGUUGCUUCGUUCGAUGGAUUUGGCUAUAUCCCUUCCUGAGCAUGUCGGAAUCGACGAAGGUUUCAUCCCUCUCGGCCUCAAACUUCGAAUGGCCCCCGAUUAUGCUGGCGGUCAGCACAUACGCAUUCAUGAGUUUGAGGUUGAGGUCGACCAAAUGGAGAAGUCUCGCUCAACAGAGGAUUCGCAAUUCCUUCAGUCAUUCCCUCUACCGACGACGCUUGAACAACCUCCUCAUCUUCCGCUUCUGAACGCAAGCCAUAUGGAGUGUCUUGAUGCGUGUGGCCUCCUCUGGACAGGAAUUGAGGCAACGAAGGCGACUCGACGUCGGCCGCUGGUUCCUGACGGACGGAUUUAUUACCGCCCUUCCGUUGGAGGUAUAGAUCUGGAUCGUCGUUGGGCAAGGAUGGACGUCAGAGUCCCUGUGCUCCGUUCUUCAUCGUACCGUUCUGCGGAUGGUUCCGAAGAACAGGAAGAUGAGAAGGAAGUGAGUGAUGCCCAGCGGCUCGAGCGUCGUCAGCGCCGUGGGCUAGUGCUUCCAGAUUCCCACUCUGUUUACUCUCGUAUCUCCCACGAGAUCUCUGUAUGCGUCAAGAUAUCUUGGGAUCCUUUGGAGGACGAGCACCUGGACCGAUCUCUCACACCGGGAAGAAGGUACGAAGAGGUCAGAUGCGUCCUGCCGCUACACUUCACCGCUGUUCCCGAAUCAUUCGCUAUGUCUAAUAAGGAUGGAUCAACGUCGGUUCCAUGUGCUGCUUGCUCUGCCUCAAGUCCAGCCAAUCCCCGUUUCUACUCCUCCAGCUCUUCAUCUUCAAGUUCGAGUCUGGUCACCACGGCCAAUGCUAACACGCCGCCUAGCUGGUCCCCCGUCGACAUGCUAUUCUCUCUCCCGUCCAAUUCGAUCAACUUGCACCCCACUGCUGCAUGCACAUGUCGUCCAAACCUCCCUGCGUACUCUCAAUUAUUCUAUGAAAAUGGGGAGCGCAAGGAGGAGGACGAAGAAGUUGGCUGGUUGCCGCCCUAUUGUCCAGAGGCUGCGGAGGUUUGA